AUGUGCUGCAGGCUCAACAGCGCCGACCCGGAUAAAUGUGAUCCAACGGGCCUUUGUCUGACAAGCGGAGGAAGAUAUUAUCAGGAAUUUUGCACCGAUCAGUCUUGGAACUCGACGAAUUGUUUGCCUAAAGAUAUCUGCAGUGAUCAGAACGGCGGCAACUCGGACUGGACCUACCAACUGACCUCCUGUGUAGAGGGACUUUGGUGUUGUGGUAGUUCCACCUCCUGCUGCAAUACACACGAGACAUUCACCCUGAGUCCGACACUGGUCAAUUUUGAUUUAGAUCCAAAUUUCAGCCUAUCCGCUACCGCUGCUCCUACAACAACGGCAAUUAUCAUCCAGACAGAAGAUAGUAGCAGCAACAAGAACGAGUCCCAGAUGCUGACGAAGGUGGCAAUUGGAGUCGGGGUGGGUGUCCCGUUGGUAUGCAUAGCCGUAGGGAUGCUCGGUGUUGGGUGUCUCUUGGGCAGGAGAAGCAAGCAGAAGGCCAUGUCGCCGGCGAAACCUGGACAUCGUGUAAUGAGUAUCCCGCUGGAGAAGCCUAAAGGGGAGAUAGGGUGUCCACGUUGGUCUGAUGAUGCUGCGAUAUUUGGCAACAGGGAGAACCUGAUUGAGCCGUCGAGCCACAGGCACGAAAGUCUACGGUGGUAA